AUGGACAAUGCUCCGACUUGGGCGCCAGAUCAGAAGAAUGCGCCUACGCCUCUGCGCAAGAGGAGAAGAAGGCUGGUUGUGUCCUGCAAGGCCCGCAACAAGGCAUCAUCGUGCCGAUAUGAAAAGGUAGCCAAGGUUGUCGUCCUCCAACAGGAACAGCAACGAACAGCCAAAUCACCAUCACCAUGGUCCGUUGGCGACAAGAGCAACGGCGACAACCAGAACAGCAGUGAUCUGUCUUCCAUGGCCGCGACGCUAGGAUACUCCCAGGCAGACGGCUCGGCGGUAGGGAUUCUGCGCAAGAUCGAAGCCACGGGCACUAUCACCGGCGAUACCAGCUUCGUCGACCCCACAGCCACAACCGAAAGUACAGUGCUACCACCAGAGCAGGCGCGGGCGCGGGCGCGGGUUCAAUCACAAGGCCAAUCCAGUCCCGCCGUGAGGGAGGCGUUCAAAGGUCUGAUCCGCCAGCUCCCGGCGCGGGUGUACCUCGACCGCCUGAUAUCCAUCUUCCUCGACAAGUUCAACUACCAGUACUACCAGGUGGACCCGGACGUGCUGUCUCGGCAGCUGGAAGAGUGGGACGGCCUGCCCUUCUCCGUCCUGCACACCAGGGGACCCGAGGGCCUGUCGUCGCCGGACAUGGGCGUCUUCCCCGCCGUGCUGUUCCAGAUGGCCGCCACGGCGCUGCUGAUCGUCGGCGAGGAUGGCCACCUGGCGCGCGAGUUUGCCCCGCUCAAGUACGCUGCCUCGAUGACGUUUGAGGAUCUCGCGGCUGAUUAUAGCCAGUCGGGCGUAGCGGUCGUCGGCCUUUUUGACAAGAGGAGCCUGACGCUUACGACUGUGCUGGCCGAGUUUCUGAGGGGUACUUUUUUAAAAUACACGGCUCAUGUGACUGAGUCUUGGCACGCUAUUGCCAUGACAAUUCAUGAUGCCCAGGAGCUGGGUAUGCACCGAGACUCGUUAGAUCCCAAACCAAAAGACCCGUCCAGCCCAGAGAGCAUUCUCGAGAAUGAAUGGCUCAUCCAGCGACGACGGAGAUGCUAUCACGUCCUUGCCCAGUGGGACAUACACAUGGCUGCACUUCUCGGCCGGCCUGGCGUCAUAGACCGCACGCAGGAACUUCCUACUCCACCGGUAGACUGCGUGCUCCCCCAUGGCCGACCCCUGGGACGCACGCCCAUUGUCCCGCGCGACCCGGACAGGGACCCCCCCACGACGCUUACCAGCAUCACGUGGCUGAGCGAGGUCAACCGGCCGCUCGUAGACAUCAAGGCGCUCGAGAAGGAAGGGCCCAGGCCGCGCGACUUCUCCGACGUCGAGAGGGUCCACCGCGAGAUCCUCGACAUCGACGCCCGGAAGCCGGCCGUGUUCCGCGUCGACCACCCGGACGACCGUUGGGACCGCGACCGGGACACACACUGGUUGCGCUUCAUGAGGUACCACUUUGCAUGCCAGCAAGCGAACAGCAUCAUGCUGCUGCACAGACCGUACAUCUUCCACAGGAGGAGAAGUCGCGACGAGGCGCUCAAGGCAAGCCUGCUGGCUCUCGAUAGGGCCAGUGCCAUGUUUGAGGGGAUGCCACCGGAUUAUUGGAGGAACUACCACCUCUUUUACGGGAGCUUCGACGCCGUGGUGACCAUGUCCAUCAUCUAUAUACUCUUCCCUAACGAGAACCGAGACCUCGGCAAGGACGCGUCGCAGCAGUUCCAGUGGACGAUCGAGCGCUUCACGGCCAUGAGGAAGCGAAACGCCCUUGUCGGGUCGGCCCAGGGAAUCUUACGCGCCAUAAAGUCCAAGCUCGACAGGGCGCUGGGCAUGUCGACCGCCACGACAGUGACGCCGGCGAAGAGCAUGCCCAGUCUUGGACGGACGAGCGACGGUGAGACCGCACCGAAUCGACGGCAAGGAACCUCCGUCGACGACGAUGGUGGCAUAGCUCCUGCUCUUGCUACUGGCGGAGAAGAAUAUAUAGCAAUGAUGCAUUUGGGUGGCAACGAUGCUUCGGCUGCUGCUGCUGCUGCUGCUGCUGCUGCUGCUGCUGCUGCUGCUCCAGACUGGACGGGUUUGGAUCUCGCCUCACUGGCACCCAUGUACCCCUCCCACGACAUUCUAUUCAACGAGCUGAACGCAGUGGAUGACGGGACGGCGGCACUCCCGACGACCGGGCUGACGCCGACGGCCGUGGGUGAUGAUGCUACGGGGGGUGCUGAUAUACCGUGGCACUUUGACGGCGUGUUUGGCGAUGAUACCGUGUGGCAACUUCUCAACCAAUACCAGCCUGGAUCGACGUCGGGGUAG